GGGAAGACGUGCAGAUAGGUGGUGAUUUUUUAAGGGCAUCUUUGGCACAUUUUUGCGCGUUAAGGAUGUGAGCGUGUUUUGCUUUUUCCUGCUCGCCGCCACGCAGCCCCACCCCUGCUCCUCUUCUGCCCGACUCCCUCAGGAUAUUUUUAGCGCCGAUGAUGUGCCCUGUCAGAUCGCGUAACGGAAACAACCUCAGAGCUGCAGGAUCAGAAGCUGCCGCGCAGAGAAAGCCGCUCGGCCCCGUCGGAUCUCGCAGGAGAGAAACCUGCCACAGGAGGAGAAGAUGAGAUUUGGAAUUCAGCUGGUGUUUUGCGUCUCGGUGCUUCUUACCGGCGCGUCGCAGACAAGAGGUCAGAACCGUGAUCUUCCUCCUGUCUUCAGCCCUCCCAGCCUCCUGAGUCACUCUGGAGCUUCAGCAUCUCCUGCCCUGGCAGAGGACCCUGGAAAUGAGGCCCCACAGCUGACACGUAAUCCUGCAGGCAGCGAUGAAACCUCAUAUGAAACCUCAGCCCUCACCCAGACAGAAGGCUCAGUCCGUCCAGCGGAGACUGUGACAAAUGCAGCGCUUAAAACCCACAUGUUCACCUCGACCCCUGCAGCUCCCACAUCUCCACAUACAACCGAACCCUCUGUGCUGACUCCUCACCUCACUGCUGCUUCUCCUGCAGCACUGCGCUCACCACUUUCAGCUGCUGCAGACAUCCUUUCAUCCACGCCGACGGCACCGAGCACCGCCUCUCUGCAGGACACCUCGACCACAGAGGGCAGGACACCCCUGACCAGCGAGUCCGUCACCACCUUUUCAUCUCCGCCAGCCCACAUGGGGAAGGAUGCGAGCUCCACGGCCCCCACCUCUACCACACAGCCUCAGUCUGAGUCCCUGACCACAGUUAGCCCUCAGACCUCAACUCCUGGUCGAGCUCCUGCAGGGCCAACGCACCAGGAGGUCCCAUCUGAGCUGAACGUGGGGGAUGAAGGCCUCAAGAGACCUCACUAUCGCUCCAGCUCCCCUCUGGACCCCCUGCUGGCUGGUUUGCUGUCGGUGUUUAUCGUCACCACUGCUGUCGUCUUCGUCGUCCUCUUCCUCAAGUUUCGCCAGCGGACAAACCACCCCGAGUUCCAUCGACUGCAGGAUUUACCGAUGGAUGAUCUGAUGGAGGACACACCACUCUCCAGGUACUCCUACUGAUGGAAGCUCCUACCCUGUCCAUCCCUUCCAGCACUCAGAACAGAAGCAAACUGAACACCAAAGGAAGAAUAUUUUGGAUGUAAGCAGAACCUUCGCCCUGAAGCAGCUGCAUCUCUUCUGAUGGGUUUCCUUUUGUCACUGAGUGUUUAGGAUCUUGAAAUGGGAAUCUUUCAAAUGGGAGGUUUCAGAGUCACUUCAACUUUCUUCCACAUUCCCUUUAAAAUUCUGGAGACCUUCAGUCUGGUGGGAACUUUUCUUUCUUUCCUGAGUCCGAUUAAUUGCACCUCUGCACUCCUGACUGACUCCUCAUGUACGCACAGCACUUUAAUGUGGCACAAAUGGUCACACCGCCCCCUAGGGGAUAUCUAAGGUAAUGUGGAUCAAGGUUGCAUGAAGUCCUCCAUAACAUUACAGUAUUACUGUUAUGAUAAAUGUCAAAACAACCUCAGGGUAUCGACCAAGAAAUUAGACAUUUGGAGACAUAGAAUGAAUAAGGAUAGGAAGUGCUUUGAGACACAUGAGCAAGUUGACAAAAUGUGUGUUCCCGGACCCACAUAUCUCUGAAUUGACAUAAAAGUAAGAAAAAGUGCUUAAAAACAGCCCAACAUAGCACUCAUAACUGCAGUCAUGCCCCACAGUUGGGGAUGAAUUCAACAUGCUCAAGAUUCUCUCGAGCCAUAUGACAUCUCCAGCCAUUUUGAAGAAACGCUCUCAAGUCAGCAGAACAAUGCAUCCACCAUAGAUGCAAAAAAUACACAUUUUCAGGACAAUAGUGCACCCAAGAGACGUGCAUGUUUAUAUCAGGUUGUUAUGUGAAAAUUGGUUUCCCAAAAAAGGAGUCACAUCAAUCAAAGCAAUCAGAAAUGCAGAAAUAUAUCUUUAAAACAAGCCAGGAUGUACAGCAACUCCUGACGAUGCCACAAAUCAGCAAAAACGCAGAAAGCUAAAACACUAUAUAAGACACCGAAACUGAAAAUGUUUUGUUCAGAAAAAUCAUGAUACAUUAAAGAAACAAUUCAGCUGCAAGACCAGAGAUCCAUGUCCUCAUUCAUUCUCAAAGGUGAUAGUCUUUAACACAGUUAUAUUUUACGUUUGGAUUGUUGAGCCUGAUGUGAGUCCUCUUGAAAAUGUUUGCAUUAAUACUAGAUUUAAACAUGCACAUGUCUCUUAGUGGCCUUAAUUAUUACAGUGUGGAAUUUUGUAUUUCUAUGUAGUUGUUAUGCUUUUCAAUGGGACACUUUAAGGAGCUUGUAUCAGACGUGGGCUACGUAUUGUAUUAUUUCUGUACGCUGCUGACUUGAAGGAGUGUCUUCAACAGGAUUUCUGUUUUCAGUGUGCGAGACCCAUCUCCAAAACAACUGUGCUCUAUGAUGCAGUUAUGAGCUGUAUUGUAGCCUGUAUUUAAGCACUAUGCCAGUUUAUAAUUAUUGUAUGUUGACAAAUAUCCUGGACUGCACAGAGGCUUGGUGGUUAGCACUUUUUCCCUGCAGUUAGGAGAUCCCUGGUUUGUGUCCCGGCCCUCCUGGGAUCUUUCUGCUUGGCGUUUGCAUGUUCUCCCUGUGCAUGCCUGGGUUUCUCCGGCUUCCUCCCACAGUCCAAAAACAUGCUGAGGUUAAUUGGUGAUUCUAAAUUGUCCGUAGGUGUGAAUGUGAGUGUGAUUGUAUGUGUAGCCCUGUGAUAGACCUGUCCAGGUGUCCCCUGCCUUCGUCCUAAGUCAGCUGGGAUAGACUCCAGCCCCCCAGCGACCCUAAUGAGGAUUAAGCGGUGUAAAGAUGAUGGAUGGAGAAAUAUCCUUUGAAGCAAAAAAAUCAUUGCAGAGUUGAUAUGUGUAUGGGAACUGGCUUUUUCCACUAAGCUGACGGUCUGGGAUAUUUGAUUUUGUGCACCACAUAGGAGACCAAGCCAGUGGUGUGUGUGUGUGUGUGUGUGUGUGUGUGUGUGUGUGUGUGUGUGUGUGUGUGUGUGUGUGUGUGUGUGUGUGUGCUGCCUUCCACUCAGAGUUGCCAACAUGCCCCAACUAUUUUGGAAUAUUGAUUACGAUCCCCGAGGUGACCAAAUGUGAACAAAGUGCACUUUCAAACCAAAUUGCCAGGUUGCACGUGUUGUCUUAAAGCAGAGCUCUUGCAGAAAAUCUACACAUGAAAAUCAAGCCACUCGGCAUUCAAUUGUUCAAAUUUAUUUAACCUAAAGUACUUGUGGAAGUGGUUGCAGCCUUUAUUGUGUAGUUAUACGUGGUUAUGGAAGUAGUCAGAUGCAGGUAUAUAAAUACUGAGUUUAGCUAUUCUGGUUUUGAUAAUUAAUGCUUAUGCCACUAACAGCCACAGAGAGGAGACCUCGCUACACUAAAUACUUUAAUCAGGGCAAACUGUAAAGGUUAAACACACUGUUGUUUAAUUUGCUGUAAAAUUCAUAUAUAUGAAGAAUGUUUAACAUAAAGACAGUGAGAAAGCUGCAUUGGGGGAGUUUGCUACCUGUGUUUGUAUUAGGUGGAGUAUCAUGCAGAUGUGCAGGAACUAAGUUAUGUCAAAAGUUUUAACCUUGUGUUACUUUACCGUCAAGUGGCAAUGGUGAUGUGUGACAAUAUGCCUUCGAAUUGUAAGAAUUUAUUGACUUAAAGAUUUCCUGUUUGAUAAUAAAAUAUAAAUCACCA